AUCGCAUCUACCGCGACAUACCGUACCCACAGCCACUUCAACGCGCACAGUCAACGCGCAUAUAGUGGAACAGAGCACCCAGAGUAGCUUUCGCAUCCCAUAACCUACUCGAACUAUCCCGACAACUAUCAGCAAUGGCUUUCACUCCCAGAGGCGGUCGUGGCGGCGGCGGACGUGGUGGAUUUGGUGGUGACCGUGGUGGUCGCGGUGGCUUCACCCCCAGAGGUGGACGUGGUGGUUUCGGCGGUGGUCGCGGCGGUGGUGACCGUGGCGGCCGUGGUGGUGCCCCUCGUGGCCGCGGAGCCCCAAGAGGCCGUGGUGCGCCCCGAGGAGGUGCCCGUGGAGGAGCGCGUGGAGGAGCCAAGGUCAUUGUUGAGCCCCAUCGUCACGCCGGUGUCUUCGUCGCUCGCGGAAAGGAGGAUCUCCUCGUUACCAAGAACUUGACCCCCGGCGAGUCUGUCUACGGCGAGAAGCGCAUCAGCGUUGGUGCCAGCACCGCGCCCAAGGAUGGCGAGACCGAAGCCCCAUCCAGCACAGAGUACCGUGUCUGGAACCCCUUCCGCUCCAAGUUGGCCGCUGGUAUCUUGGGUGGUGUCGACAACAUCUACAUGGGCCCUGGCUCCAAGGUCCUGUACCUCGGUGCCGCUUCCGGAACAUCAGUUUCCCACGUUGCUGAUAUCGUUGGACCUGAGGGAACCGUCUUCGCUGUUGAGUUCUCGCACCGCUCCGGCCGUGAUCUGAUCAACAUGGCUACUCACCGCACCAACGUCAUUCCCAUCGUUGAGGAUGCCCGUCACCCUCUGAAGUACCGCAUGCUCGUCGGCAUGGUCGACUGCAUUUUCGCCGACGUUGCCCAGCCCGAUCAAGCCCGUAUCGUCGGUCUCAACGCCGGACUCUUCCUCAAGGUUGGAGGUGGUAUCGUCAUCUCCAUCAAGGCCAACUGUAUCGACUCCACCGCUGCCCCCGAGGCCGUCUUCGCACAGGAAGUCAACAAGCUACGAGAGAUGGGCAUCAAGCCCAAGGAGCAGCUCACCCUUGAGCCCUUCGAGCGUGACCACGCCAUGGUUGUUGGUGUUUACCAGCGUUCGCAAUAGACGGAAUGUUGAGCUACAAUAGGCUGACGGCGCUUUUCUGAUUUCAAACGAUUGCAUGCAUGUGGUCAUAUACCUGUACUUUGACGGAACUCGGUGUUCACUGGCGUCAGGAGGGAUUUGGUUGUCGUGUUUUGAUAAAAGAUCUAUGGAUGCGAUUUUUAUGUUCA